AUUCGCCAUUUUCAAUGUUAUUUACGACUCAGUGAAACGCUAAGGUCUAAUUGUGAUACGUGUCAUUCGACAUAUGUAAACGACGUGCUUAUGACGUCCUAAAUAAGCAAGGGUGCUCAACAGUGCUAGUACAUUUACUACAGUUACUAAAGUAAAUUUAACAAGGCUGUUCAACAGUGCUACGUUACUACAGUAAAGUAAGAUCCGAAGUUAACAGUUCUUAUACGUUGGACUUGGUGGAAACUUUUUUCUGACUGUAGCCGGUUUGGUGUGCAAUAUGGCGGAAUCUGAUAGUCAGACUCAUGUGGUUCCGGUCCUUCAUUGCGGCAAAUGCUUACAGGAAUUGAAAUACGAUGCGGAAAUACAGCCUCCGAGGUAUCUUUCCUGUCUUCACACAAUUUGCUACUCAUGCAUUCAGGAAAUCGAUGCCUCAAAUAAGAAACCAAACACUCUACUUCAAUGCCCGGUUUGCUGCGCAGAAUUUUCCGCAUCAGAUAACAGUGGUGACGUGCUUCCAGGUUUAUUUUUUCUACAGAACUUAACAUUCUCCCAGAAGGUUUUCGAUUUCAUAAAAGGAAAAGAUGUAACAAUAGAAUGUCAGAAUUGUACUGAAGAUACAUCCACGUACUACUGUCAGACUUGUGACUAUCCUCAAUUCUAUUGUGAUGAGUGUAUCACUGCGCAUAAUAAGCUGCGCUUCAACAAGCUGCAUGUGUCACAGGCUCUCAACGACAUGAAAGCAAAGGGUACACUCCCAGUUAUUAACCAAAUUAACAAAACAAAUGUAUGUAAAGCACACAACAAAGAGUUAUCGCUGUUCUGUCAACUUUGUAAGAAAACAUUGUGUACUAACUGUGCAGCACUAGAUCACGCGGACCAUGAGCAGUUUGCAGAGGAAAUAUACUCCACAUCAUUCGAGAUUCGUAGAAGUGUAGUAAAUAAACUGUCACACUUAACAAAAGAGAUUGGAGUCCUGUCAACCCGACAGAAACAUAUUAAAAACGAACAGACACGCCUGUUGAGUUCUUAUAUUAAGACAGCCGAAAACAUGACAAGAUUUUUCGAUGAGAUGAGAAAGUGUAUCGGACAACGUGAAGCUGUGCUUCACAAACAACUUAUGGAUUUGGUAGACAUCAAGACCAAAGCUUUAGAAGUUGAUCGUGACUCAACAAAGAACAAGAUUCGGAUUAUGAAUCAACAAGCACAGUUCUUAAAGUGUUUCAAUGAAUAUAGCAGUGAUUAUGAUCUCGUGACGUCAUUAGAGGGCGUCAGCGAUCAACUGUGUAACAGAAAAACUGCCAUUGAAGAACCAAUUGACAACGGUAGUAUUAUCUUUAAAGUUGGUAAUGUGACGUCGUUAGAGCACUCAACGACGACUGCUGACGCAGCUACUUCUGGUGGGCUUGACGUCUACUUGGAACAAAUCCCAGGCGUUUUUUCUAAGCUUGGUGUCAUAAAGAGAACAACCACAGUUGCUUGCCGAUCGCAUGCGUCCUUGAGCAUAACUGGAAGAGUUAUCGAGAUCACGAUACAGGCGAUCGGUAAGAAUAAGAAAAUAUGUACUACUGGUGGUGACUUGUUUAUAGCUGAGGUUGAUGAGCCAUCUGGAUUAACUGUGUUUCCACCCAUCACUGACAAUGAAACGGGUGUAUAUGCAUUUAAGUACCAUUGUAAAAGUAACGGAAACUAUGUUCUUCGGAUAUCCUUGUUUGGUUGUAAAAUUCAAGGAAGCCCUAUGUACGUUAUCGCCGAUAAAUACGGGGUGAGUGUAAGCGGUGAUGGCGCUGCCUAUAAUGAAAUCGAUGAGCAACCGUAUGGUAACAUAAUCAUAUCAACGGAUGGCGAACAUAUGGGAGAUGGCAUAAAAACUGAAACAAACAUAUCUAUGCCGCCUACCCCUCCACCAAGGCCAAAAAUUGUUUACGAAACAGUGCUCCCCGUUAAGGGUGUUUCAAAAACAAAGCAAAAAUUCAGUAGUCUCAAUAAAAGACUCUAUCAGAAUGUAAAGAAAAAGUGAUGUUUGUGAAACAUUCCUUUAAUUGAUUCAUUAAUUGGUUCAUUUAAGUCGUUUUUAAUUUAUCAAUUCAUUUAGGGCUACUUGUAUAUUAAAAAUACAUAAUAGUUACUUAUUCAAAAGUCUAACAAAAUAAGGUACGGUAUUGAGCUUUUCAGAAUCGUCCAGUUUUUGAACGAAUAAGGGAAUGAUCACUGUGUUUCUCAGAUUGUAUUUUACUACUGUAAUUUGUUUCGAAUGUUGGAUGCCGAACAAAUUUCUGUGCAAAUUUAAUAGUUAGGGCCUAAGCUUUCUCUCGUUCACAUAAUUUGUCUAGGCCUAUAAUUAUUUAGCAGUGAAAUGCGUGCAAUGGUCAUACUGAUUUCCCAAAAAGGCUCGUUUUUUAAGCUUUUCAAGCAUGUUACUCAGUUCAAAAGUGAGACACCAGAGCAUCCCAAACAGGGGCAGCAUAUUCAAAGAGAGAUUUUACAUAGGUCUAUACUUUAUAAACAAUAAUCAACUCAUCCCAUGACAAGUGAACUAGUUUUUGAUUUUGAGUAGGCCUAGUUUUAACACAAAGCUUCCCAUUAGCUCUUUCCUACGUCAUCGUAAAUAAACGUUUAUAAAGAAA